UUUGUCCCUCUGCGCACUCCUUACGUGUCAAUGUGGCUGUGGCGUCUCAUGAUGUGCGCGCUCCACAUCAAAAUAUUAGUUAGUAAAAAGAAAGAAUAAUUAUGGGAGAUGAGCAUCCACUCCAGGUUAACAACGACAGCAGCUCCCGCUGUGCUUUCCUCAACGCCGUGCCCGACGACUAUCGAUGUGAUGUGAUUCUUAAAGUGAAAAGAGCCACAGGGACAUUUUCUCUAGUGGCAUGCUUUUUCAUGAUGUUUGCGAUGUGGCUGCUCCGCCGAUGUAACUCUUUGGCACAGAAAAUGAUAUUCAGUCUGACAGUAGCUGCAGCUUUUGACAGUGUUGCGUAUAUUAUGGGAGAGUCUCAUCUAGAGGGAUCUCUGUGUAAUUUUCAGGCCUGGUGGCUCACGUAUUUUGACUGGACUGCACUGAUGUGGGUUUGUCUUAUUACGUUUAAUCUGUACCUGAACCUGGUGAGAGAAAUCAGAACUGAACAUUAUGAGAUACCAUAUCAUUUGGUGGCUUGGGGUAUUCCUCUGCUCAUGUCCACCCUCCCCCUGAUGGCUGGUUACUAUGGUCCUGCUGGAGCCUGGUGUUGGAUCACAGAUAAUCACGUUGGGUGGAGGUUUGGCAUAUGGUAUGUUCCUCUGUUUAGCCUGAUUAUCCUCAUGACCUGCUGUUAUGCUCGAAUCAUCUGUGUGGCCAACGAGAGGAUGCGUUCCUGGUUAGGCACCUUUAAUCCAGAAAGAGAGAGGAGGAAGAUCUCUCUAGCUGAAGAGAUCAGACCGUUGAAGUGGUAUCCCUCUGUCUAUCUGCUCGUCUCUAUAUUUCCUCUCAUAAAUCGACUUCAUAAUGCUGCUUACCCAAAGAACCCUGUGUUUUCGCUGACGUUACUGCACGUGCUCAGUGCACCCUUGCAUGGGCUUGCAAAUGCUCUCGUCUUCGGUAAGGACACCUGGAGUCAGCUGAGUACAACAGGAAUAAAGGUUGCUAUUCAGUCUCGACUGUGUGCCAGCACAAGAAUUAGAGAGUACCACGCUGCAAAUGUAAGAUACACACAUGACCUUGAUACACACUCCGAUUCUGACGAUGAAGACAACAACAUUCUAUUUUACAGCCCAGACAUGACCUUAAAAGAUAGGGGACCCUGGGAGAAUGUUUAGAAAGUGUGUGUGUGUGUGUGUGUGUGUGUGUUCGUGCACAUUUUUACAUUCUUUGCCUUUUAAAGAAUUUCUAUCAGUGUUUCCGUGUUGCAGCUUUCGUGUUGACACUUUAAUUAUAGCAAUUAUUAUUAUGCACCUUUUUCCUCAAAGAGGAAAAAAAGCCUAUGGGUGAGGAAUGUGGUUUGUUAGACGGCAUAGGUACAUAACGUGGAAAAUAACAACGUGCAUAAAACAGUAAAACUGUUUGCACUACAAACCAGUGUGUUCAUAAUGAAUGAUGAUACAUUUAAAUAACAUAAGACGCUUAUUUUCAAUAUCAAGCAGAAAAAUGAACUCUUGAACAGUUAAAAAUAGCUGGACGUGGUUGAGACCUGGAGCUAGAUUGGUGAAAUUUACAAAUGGUGCCUAUUUUUACAUCAAGAAAAAUGUGGAUAGUUGGAAAACAGGAAAGAAAAUGGUUGAUAGUAUGUCUUUCUUUGCUGUUAAUGACGGGUAAAAGCAUAAGUUGUUGUUUUUUUUUUUGUACUGUAUUAAAGUGGAAAAGCUUUAAAUCGAGCAAUUCACCACUUCAAAAUAAUCUUUGUUGUAUAUAAUGUAAUUAAAGACUGCCUUUUCCAAUUCAUUCAGCUGAGUAUUUCAGACUUUUAAAAUGUUUGAGCAUGUUUUAAUAUUGUAUUUAUGAAAAUGUAUGCUAUAUUUUUGUAUUGUUUGCGGACUCAACUAAUUUUAAAUACAAAUCUAAAAACAUUUAUGUCGUGUUUGUGUCUUUUGUCUAGUAGAAAGAGCUGGCACUCAUUAACUUCAGUUAAUCAGCUAAUCAACUUUGAGUUCAAGUUAAUUAAGUCUAAAUUUUGAGUCUCUUAGUGCUUAAGUCAGGAUGAUUAACCAGAAAGCCUUGUUAAGUAGGAGCUUUCCCAUGAACUGCUUUAUAAGAAGGUUAUAAAAGGUCAAAUUUAAAUCAGUGAUUAAAAACGCCAAAGUGUUUUUAUUUUGCAAUAAUAAAACACUUUAAACUAUAAAGCUACCGACACGAGUGGACAGAAGUAGAAGUGUUGUCAGAAAUGCACCUUUGUACUUUAUUUUCACACAAAUGUAGUGUGAAAAUAAUAUUUAGAUGCAAAUUUAUUUAAAUAUUAUUUAUAGUGCUAUAAACAAACGAUAUUAGUUUUUCACCCGUUAUUUAUGUGUGUUUUCCUGAUUGGCCGUGUUGUCUCGCGUCAUCUCAGCGCGUUUAAUCGCAAUUGGUGAACAACUCGUGACGAGUGGCAAGGGAGCCAAUCAACGAGAAGUACGUUGUACGACUGAUGAGAAAUGAGACAGGAACCUAUGCAUAACAUAUUUUCAUAACAGCAGCUGGAAAAUGCAGGGCGCCUCCUGAACAACAACAUUUAUAGCUCGUUUAAAAGACGCUUUUAAAGACGUAUUUUCUGGGCACGAAACAGAUACAGUAGAAACUACGAUCUGUACAGCAUGGUAUGACUUCUGAUAAACGCCGGUGCCUACGUGGUGCGCAAGAUCCGCGCCGCCCUUACAGAGGGAGAGCAGACAGAACAACCUGUGCUCACACCAUGUAGUCUGGCUAAAGGAAAACAGCGCCAUGCGGCAUUGUCCGCUCCAGAGCCUAAGGGUCCUGCUGGGUCAUCUGCAUCUACGGAGACAACUGUACAAAAAUAUGGUUCCCUAGGGUAAAGGUCACGCAGAAGCAAAUCUGGGCACAAUGGAAGAUGAAAAAACAGCAUUGCUAGAGUUUUGGAUGCUGGAUGGUCAUCUAAGCUUGUCCUUUAAAUUUGGAUUUUACCAGUAGAAGGGAUUGUGGUAGAAAUCUGACAUCAGUCCAGUUUUGCUCUGCGUGACCUUUUGUUCUUAGAUGCAAACACUCGCUCUUCAUUUCCCUUUGUCUCUUUCUCUCUUGUUUCCCAUCAGCUGUAGUUUGUGAAGGUCUGUUUAUCAACCUCUUCUUCAGGGGCGAUUCAGAUCUGAUGUUUACCUGCAGCUUUUGUGUUUAUAAUCAUCAACUAACUGACUGUACACUAGCUGAAGACAUAUCGCUGUCAGUAACAGUAACAGCUGACACUCUUUACAAGAUUUCUUAUUUUGUAAUGGCAAAAAAAAUUAAUAAAACAGUCCAGUCUU